AUAAUUAAGUGUAGUUCAAGAGCUACCUGCAGCCUUGGCCAUUCAAAACAAAUGAGAGGACAGGGGGAGGAGAGAAGGAACAGGUGCAGAUCAAAUAGCUCCUUCUUGGGAUCUGAUAGAGAGGGAAGGUUUCCUUUCCUCGUUAGAAGGACUCCAAUGAUCUGUGGAAUGACCGCUACAGUAUCCUUUUAAAUUUUCACCCACAAGACAAAGCCAGUAUGCAGUGAAAUGAGGAAAUGCCUUUAAGCGAAGAGAUUUUUAUUCCUUUCAUAAAUUGCUCAAGCCAUGAUUGGAUGGAGGUCCUCCAGGUAACUCCAUGGACUUUAACAAGUCUAUUGAAUAACUGCGUCUGAGUUGGAAGCUGAGUUGCCUGAACACAAACGAUUUAAAAAAGAUUAGAAAGCGUCUACAUGCAGAGCUCAAUAACACACUCGGAAUCUUCUUGGGAGGACCCACGGACUGUACCUAUAUUACUUUUGACCCAGGUGGAUGCAGUCACUCUCUAGAAGCCUCCCCGACUUCAGAUGUGUGGCACACAUCCACCCAGGGGGGUAGGUAGGAGAAGCCCACAAGAAUGGCUCUGCAGAUGUUCGUGACUCUCAGUCCUUGGAAUUGUUUGCUACUGCUAGUGGCUCUUGAGUGUUCUGAAGCAUCUUCUGAUUUAAAUGAAUCUGCAAAUUCCACUGCUCAGUAUGCACCUAACGCUUGGUUUGCUGCUGCCAGCUCAGAGCCAGAUGAGAGGAUAUCUGUUUUUGAACUGGAUUAUGACUACGUGCAAAUUCCUUAUGAGGUCACUCUCUGGAUACUUCUAGCAUCCCUUGCAAAAAUAGGCUUCCACCUCUACCGCAGGCUGCCGGGCCUCAUGCCAGAGAGCUGCCUCCUCAUCCUGGUGGGGGCGCUAGUGGGCGGCAUCAUCUUCGGCACGGACCACAAGUCGCCUCCGGUCAUGGACUCCAGCAUCUACUUCCUGUAUCUCCUGCCACCUAUCGUGCUGGAGGGCGGCUACUUCAUGCCCACCCGGCCCUUCUUUGAGAACAUCGGCUCUAUCCUGUGGUGGGCAGUACUGGGGGCCCUGAUCAACGCCUUGGGCAUUGGCCUCUCCCUCUACUUCAUCUGCCAGGUGAAGGCCUUUGGCCUGGGCGACGUCAACCUGCUGCAGAACCUGCUGUUCGGCAGCCUGAUCUCCGCCGUGGACCCCGUGGCCGUGCUGGCUGUGUUUGAGGAGGCGCGUGUGAACGAGCAGCUCUACAUGAUGAUCUUCGGGGAGGCCCUGCUCAAUGACGGCAUUACUGUGGUCUUAUACAAUAUGUUAAUUGCCUUUACAAAGAUGCAUAAAUUUGAAGACAUAGAACCUGUCGACAUUUUGGCUGGAUGUGCCCGAUUCGUCAUUGUGGGGCUUGGAGGGGUAUUGUUUGGCGUCGUUUUUGGAUUUAUCUCUGCGUUUAUCACACGCUUCACUCAGAAUAUCUCUGCAAUUGAGCCACUCAUCGUCUUCAUGUUCAGCUAUUUGUCUUACUUAGCUGCUGAAACCCUCUAUCUCUCGGGCAUCCUGGCAAUCACAGCCUGCGCGGUAACAAUGAAAAAGUACGUGGAAGAAAACGUGUCCCAGACGUCAUACACGACCAUCAAGUACUUCAUGAAGAUGCUGAGCAGUGUCAGCGAGACCUUGAUCUUCAUCUUCAUGGGCGUGUCCACCGUGGGCAAGAAUCAUGAGUGGAACUGGGCCUUCGUCUGCUUCACCCUGGCCUUCUGCCAAAUCUGGAGAGCCAUCAGCGUAUUUGCUCUCUUCUAUAUCAGUAACCAGUUUCGGACUUUCCCCUUCUCCAUCAAGGACCAGUGCAUCAUUUUCUACAGUGGUGUUCGAGGAGCCGGAAGUUUUUCACUUGCAUUUUUGCUUCCUCUGUCUCUUUUUCCUAGGAAGAAAAUGUUCGUCACUGCUACUCUAGUAGUUAUAUACUUUACUGUAUUUAUUCAGCUGAUGGAUCACUUAAAGGCUGGAAUCGAAGACGUGUGUGGGCACUGGAGUCACUACCAAGUGAGAGACAAGUUUAAGAAGUUUGAUCAUAGAUACUUACGGAAAAUCCUCAUCCGAAAGAACCUACCCAAAUCAAGCAUUGUUUCUUUGUACAAGAAGCUGGAAAUGAAACAAGCCAUCGAGAUGGUGGAGACUGGGAUACUAAGCUCUACAGCUUUCUCCAUACCCCAUCAGGCCCAGAGGAUACAAGGAAUCAAAAGACUUUCCCCUGAAGAUGUGGAGUCCAUAAGGGACAUUCUGACAUCCAACAUGUACCAAGUUCGGCAAAGGACCCUGUCCUACAACAAAUAUAACCUCAAACCCCAAACGAGUGAGAAGCAGGCUAAAGAGAUUCUGAUCCGCCGCCAGAACACCUUAAGGGAGAGCAUGAGGAAAGGCCACAGCCUGCCCUGGGGAAAGCCGGCUGGCACCAAGAAUGUCCGCUACCUCUCCUUCCCCUACGGGAAUCCUCAGUCUGCGGGAAGAGACACAAAGGCUGCUGAGUUCUCAGAUGAUGACAGCAGCGAUCCAGGAUCCCCAUCCAUCAUGUUCAGCGCACUCUCUCGGAUAGGGUCGCUUCAGAAACAAGAGGCACAAGAAAUAAUCCCGAUGAAGAGCCUACACAGAGGAAGGAAGGCAUUCAACUCUGGUUAUCAAAGAAACACAAGCCAAGAAGAGUACUUGGGUGGAGUAAGGAGUGUGGCUUUAAGGCCCAAACCUCUGUUUCAUGCAGUGGAUGAGGAGGGUGAGUCUGGAGGGGAGAGUGAGGGCAAGGCCUCUUUGGUCGAGGUUCAGUCGAGGUGGACAGCUGACCGUGGACACGGCAGGGACCAUAACAGGUCCCACAGUCCUUUGCUCCAAAAAAAAUAGUGUUAUUGUCCACAAGAUUGUUUUGGUGUUUCUCAAGAGUCUAUCUUCCUGUGACUAUGAAAGAAGGAUUUCUGGAAUUCAGAAUAGAGCUAUUGAGUUUGCCAUCUUGAAGCUGUUAGACAUCGAUCUAUAAGCAGCAGGAAGAUUUUUUCCAAGGACUGGGAGCAAACUUGCAGGCUCUUCCGUGUUCUUAGUGUGGGAUACCUUUAGAUGAAUUCCCUGUGAGUGAGAGAAUUUAAUCACCCCAGGAAUUAGACACUAAGAAUUCCUAAGAACUUUCUAUCACGAGCAUCGGAUCCAAGCCAUAUAUUGAAAUACAAAUGCAAUUGGUCAGUAAUUCACAUUGCCAAUAUGCAUAUGCAACUUAUAAUCCAAUUAGAACUAGAAGAGCCUUUGAAGUCACCUGACUCAGCCCCCUGUGUUUAUAGAAAAGGACAUGUAGUCCCUGUGAACUAUGGUGAGUUCAUAGUCGGACUGCCCUCCCUCCAAAAUGAAACUGAUUUGAUUUUGAUUUCACAUUCAAUAUGCAAUAAUUAUGUUUUAUCAGAGAUAAAAUUUGUUAUGAAUUUGCUUUAUUUAGUCAGUAGCAAUGAUAGAUGUGAUACACACUAUAGGAUUAAUCUGUGAACAAUGGGGUUAAGGUCUAUUUCAUAAUUGGAAUAUUUAUUUUAAAAAUGAACAUUAGAAACAAAACAGCCAUAAACAGAGUUUAAUAGCAAUGACAUCAACAACACGUAUUUAUUAGGGGUGCAUUUGUAGGGUGUGACAUUUUACCCUAGGGUAUAAAGCUAUUUUUCAAUUUCAUUUUCCAUCCCCAUUAUCUCUGAAUUUGACCUUGAAUCUCACACUCCAGCUCUUCAAUUUUACUCACUUGUUGUCUUCUCUUCUGGCCACCAGUAGGUUAACAAACAUUUAUCAAGCAUUGUUAUUGGGCGAAAUGACUAAUGCAACUAACCAAAUACCCUUUUGCCAUCACUGUUUUUGGCAUCUCUACCAUCCUCAGCUGAUUUAAUCUUAUAUGUCUUUAAAGGCCAUGAUCAAGGGCAUCCUCCAUCCCUAGACCAGCCUUUACCUUCUCCCUUGGUGCCCCACAUCCCUUUGGAUAUGCUAUAUGCCUUAUCUGUGAAUUAUGUCUAUGCAUACACACGUGGGUCUGUUCCGGUGGUCAGUGGGCUGAAGGACAGGGAGGACAGUCUGUUCAUUUUAAAUUUUAUCCAUUUAUCUGUUGUGUUUUUUAUCUCACCCCUUUACCUAUUUUGUAUUUUUUGGCUUUUUUUUCAUCUUUUUCUGUUAUCGGUUAUCACAGUGCCUUGUGCAUGGCAGAUUAUAAAUGUUAAACUGACAAUAGUGUUUUAGAUCUGUAAUGGGCAUUUGAAAAGGUGUUAUCAGGCAUUUUUAUUUUGUAAAUGAUAAAAAUGAGGUCUUGAGAUGCUCUCUGACGCCAACUCAGAGUUCGUUUUUCUUUGAAGGAUGCUUGCUUGUCCUCUAAUAUAACCCGUGGAUGCUAGUUACUAAAGACAUGUGCUUUCUCCUGAA